GCUGUCUCAAUCUAUGAUCCAUGUCUUCCCCCCUUUCCCUACGCGGUCACAUGACCUGCACGUUGACCCGCAUUUACUCAUCCGAUCGCGGCACCGGUCCGUCUCCCGUUCCAUCUUGCCUUUGCCCGUCAUCACGAUGCUCAAGCGCAUCCCGACGACAAAGGAUGGCAAGCCCCUCGACCGCCUCCAAGAAAGCCGCAUCAUCAACAAACCCUUCAAACCGCCCACCAUCGCCGCCAACGCCGCGCGCGACCAGCCGCAGCGCAAGCGCAAGCGCGUAUCCUAUAAAGAUCAGGACGGCGCCAAAGACGACGAUGACGACUCGGGCGACGAGGCGGCGAAGCGAAAGAAGAAGAAGAAGCAGUUGGACGAGAGCUACCACAAUGAGGAGGAGCUGCUCGCGGCGGUGAAGAAGUUCCCGGUAUACAAGCCCAAGCCAUUCGACGCGAUGCACAGGCGCUUCUCGAUGCCGACGAUGCGGAAUAAGGCGGGGGAGGCGGUCCCGCUGGUGCCGACGGGGGCGUCGCUGGGGAUCAGGCCGCUCGCGAAGCUCAUCCCGCGCCCGCUGUUCGAUCCUAUGGCGGACCAUGCGAUCGUGCUGUACGACCCGACGAUCGACGAUAGGGAGACGGACGAGGAGCGGCUGGAGAGGGUGAAGGAAGAGGAGAAGGCGAAGAUGGAGGAGGAGGCGAGGGCGAAGUCGGAGGGGAUGUACAACCCGCACAAGAAGCUGCGGACGCUGCUUGGGGAGGACAAGAAGGGGAAGACGAAGUCGGAGAAGGUGCCUGUCGUGAUCGACCCUAGGCUAGGCAAGGUGCUACGACCGCAUCAGGUCGAGGGUGUGAAGUUCCUCUACCGAUGCGCGUCUGGCAUGGUCAUGGAGAACACGUAUGGCUGCAUCAUGGCCGACGAGAUGGGUCUUGGGAAGACUUUGCAAUGCAUCACCCUCCUAUGGACUCUGCUCAAGCAAUCCCCUCACGCCGGCAAGCCCACCAUUGAGAAAUGCAUCAUCGCGUGCCCUUCUAGUUUGGUUAGGAAUUGGGCCAACGAGCUCACCAAGUGGUUAGGCAAAGAGGACACCAUUUCCCCAUUAGCAGUGGACGGCAAGGGCACGAAAGCGGAGCUCAUCGAGAAGGUCAAUCGUUGGGUGUCUGCUUCUGGCCGGAAUGUCACUCAGCCAGUAAUGAUUGUCUCCUAUGAGACUCUCCGAUCUCUCACCGACUAUCUUGCACAAUGCCCAAUUGGUUUGCUCCUCGCCGAUGAGGGUCAUCGAUUGAAGAACUCUGAGAACCAGACCUACCAAGCCCUGGCUUCCCUCAAUGUCCGUCGACGCGUCAUCCUCACCGGUACACCCAUUCAGAACGACCUCUCCGAGUAUUACUCCCUCCUCAACUUCUGCAAUCCCAACUUCCUUGGCUCGAAGAACGACUUCCGCAAGAACUACGAGAACAUCAUCAUCCGCGGGCGCGACGCCGACGCCACCGACAAGGACAAGCAGGAAAGCGAGAAGAAGCUCAGGGAGCUCACCGGCAUCGUCACCAAGUUCAUCAUCCGGCGCACGAACGACCUGCUGUCCAAGUACCUCCCCGUCAAAUACGAGCAAGUCGUCUUCUGCGGCCUCUCCGAGUUCCAACUCGCCCUCUAUCGACUCUUCAUCACCUCCCCGGAGAUCAAGUCGCUCCUUCGUGGCACGAACUCGCAGCCGCUCAAGGCUAUCAACAUUCUCAAGAAGCUCUGCAACCACCCUGAGCUGCUCGACCUGCCCAACGACCUCCAGGGCAGCGAUCACCUUAUCCCCGAGGGCUUCUGCGGCGCCGGCCAGCAGCAGGGAGGCUCUGGGCGGUCAGGUGGGCGCAGUGGGAGAGGUGGUGGCGGCGCAGGCGGGAGCGGGAGCGGGAGCGGGAGCGGGCAAGUCCGCUGCGACUGGAGCGGCAAGUUUGUGGUUCUGGAAAGGUUUUUGCAGCGGAUGCGGACGACGACGACGGAUAAGAUUGUGUUGAUUAGUAACUACACGCAAACGCUGGACUUGUUCGAGAAGAUGCUGAGGGGGAAGAGAUACGGCUACUUCCGCUUGGACGGCACGAUGACCACGACGAAGCGGCAGAAGAUGGUCGACGAGUUCAACGACCCCAACAACACGGAGAAGUUUGUAUUCCUGCUGUCCAGCAAGGCCGGAGGGUGCGGUAUCAACCUAAUUGGCGCGAAUCGCUUGAUUCUGUUUGACCCGGACUGGAACCCGGCGGCUGACCAGCAGGCGCUGGCGCGUGUAUGGCGUGACGGGCAGAAGAAAGAAUGCUUCGUCUACCGCUUCAUCUCCACGGGUACCAUCGAAGAGAAGAUCUUCCAGCGUCAGGCGAACAAGCAGGCCCUCUCCUCCUCCGUCGUCGACGAAAAGGAGGACGUCGAGCGCCACUUCUCCAUCGACUCCCUCCGGCAGCUGUUCAAGUUCAACGAGAACACGCUCUGCGACACGCACGACACGUUCAAGUGCAAGCGCUGCAAGAACGGCGUGCAGGCAAUGAAGGCGCAGGCGCUGCUGUAUGGGGACGCGAGCACCUGGAACCACUUUACGAACGCGGAGCUGAAGAAGAAUCACGAUGAUCUGUUGAGAGCGGAGGUGGGGGAGCCGGAGGUGUCGUUUGUGUUCCAGUAUAUCAGCCAUUGAGCAGGCUCGGGUUGCACGCGGACUUCGCUUUGGGACUUUACACGGUGGGGAGGAGGGAGUGAUUAGGGAUAUGCAUUCGAAGACAUCGUAUAGCACUGUAUAAUAGAUCAAGACAACGAGGAACAACUGCAUAGACAUAAGCAUCAUUCCCGCGCAUGUAAAGAAGAUUGGGCACCUCAUUGGGUAGACAUGAAAUUCUCGUCCUU